AUGAACGCUAAAGGUGAACUUGUCAUGCUUCUCGAAGUCUCCAAGGAUGUUCGCACUGAGGAAUUUUAUCUUGGUUAUUUUGGUAUUGCAAUGAAAGUUGGAGAUUCUACGGUUCAGCACGGCUAUCCACCUCUAGAAUUCUGCUCCCCAGAUCGACUUCAUGGAGAACGCCCAAGCUUUGCCUGCGACAUGUGGAGCUACAUGGUUAUCUUCUCAAAGCUUUAUCUCGGCUACUCACCGAUCUCUUCCUGGCUUGAUGGAGGAGCUGUAUCUAGCAUGGCCCGAUGUUUAGGGCCACUUCCUGAAAAGUGGCGAGGCCAUUAUGUCCAUUCUAAAAAGCUUGAUUCCUGGUAUGAUCAGUCAAAAACACCUGAUUCAAAACAUACCCUUGCGGCAAAAAUUGCACAUUUUCGCCCUGAUGCUGAUCCAGCCGAGCAAAGGGAUGUGCUCUCCAUUCUAACCCGGGGAUUUAGCUACUGCCCAGAAAAGCGACUCACGGCAACUGAGCUUUUACAGGACCCAUCAUUCCUAGCUAUUAUGGCGAGAUAUAAUUGCUGA